GCCGGGUUGAUCUUGAACUCCUGACCUCAGGCAAUCCACCUGCCUUGAUCUCCCAAAGUGCUGGUAUUACAGACGUAAGCCACCGUGCCCGGUCCAAAUCAGACUUCUUUAAUGCUGAAGGCUGCACUUUGUUCCCACUGCAUAGCCCUGCUUACCAAUCUAAAUAGAUUUCACAACUGAUUUGGUAGCCCGACCCUUGAUGUCAAACUGUUCUUGCUUCUACUGCUUCUAUCCUGGGAGAAGUAUAAAGCUCAUUUGCUUUUGUUCUUUUACAAGUAAAGCUUACAAAUGAUAAUAUCUGUGUUUUGACAUUUUAGUUUGUGCUAAAGAUGCUGUGAACAGUACUAGUAACACUUCACAAUUUAUUCUGAAUCUCACACCAGGUUCUGCGGCAUGAGGAAUUUGAGGAAGGCUGCAAAGCCGCCUGUAAUGGGCCUUAUGAUGGGAAAUGGAGUAAAACAAUGGUGGGAUUUGGGCCUGAGGACGAUCACUUUGUUGCAGAACUGACUUACAAUUACGGCAUCGGAGACUACAAGCUUGGCAAUGACUUUAUGGGAAUCACGCUCGCUUCUAGCCAGGCUGUCAGCAACGCCAGGAAGCUGGAGUGGCCCCUGACGGAAGUCGCAGAAGGUGUUUUUGAAACCGAGGCCCCAGGAGGAUAUAAGUUCUAUUUGCAGAAUUGCAGUCUGCCUCAGUCGGAUCCUGUAUUAAAAGUAACACUUGCAGUGUCUGAUCUUCACAAGUCCUUGAACUACUGGUGUGAUCUACUGGGAAUGAAAAUUUAUGAAAAAGAUGAAGAAAAGCAAAGGGCUUUGCUGGGCUAUGCUGAUAACCAGUGUAAGCUGGAGCUCCAGGGCGUCAAGGGUGCGGUGGACCACGCAGCAGCUUUUGGAAGAAUUGCCUUUUCUUGCCCCCAGAAAGAGUUGCCAGACUUAGAAGACUUGAUGAAAAGGGAGAACCAGAAGAUUCUGACUCCCCUGGUGAGCCUGGACACCCCAGGGAAAGCAACAGUACAGGUGGUCAUUCUGGCCGACCCUGACGGACAUGAAAUUUGCUUUGUUGGAGAUGAAGCAUUUCGAGAACUUUCUAAGGUGGAUCCACAGGGAAGCAAAUUGUUGGAUGAUGAAGUUCCCUCAUGCCCACUUCCAAUGAGUUGGCACCCUCAUCUCCCCGAUCAGCCGCUAUUCUGACUUCUGUCACUGUAGGCAAUGGCAGCAGAUAAAAGUGACGAGUGGUUUGCUAAACACAAUAAACCCAAAGCUUCAGGUUAAUGGAAGAUGUGAUGCAGAGCAAGCCUCUGUGAGUCCUGCCCAGCACCUGUGAGGCCUGACGUGUCAGUUCCUGAUAAAUGUUCUUCUGAUUUGUUUCCCCUACAGGCAAGGAGGCUUGGGUAGUGCAGAUCUGUGUAUUUCAAUCUUUGAAAGCUCUGAUGUAUUUUAGAAAUGAAAUCCAACCAUGAGUGCAGGUAGAGAAUGCCUGCUAUAAUCUACAGUGUUGCUGGGACUGCACAUUCUGUAUAUAACUGUGUUCGAUUAGUGACAGAUGAUUGUCCAGACUAGGACAGCGGCAUGAAACAUGACUUUGGUUGGGAUUGCAGAUGGUUAGGGUUAACUUUGAAUCAUGCAGAUUUUAUGAGAGCAGCUGUUCAAGUCAGUCCAAAUUAAUGGCUUGUCAUGGUACCAUUCCCAGCACCUGAUAAUGAUAGGCUGUUCUGCUAUCUUCUGGCAGGUUUUGACAUUUUAAAUUUUUUAAAGAAACUUUAUUCCUUGGACCAAAAGGUUUGGUUAACCAUCCCCAUCUUACUUGCUUUUACAUUUUGAGCAUCCAGAGGAAACAGAAAGGAAUGAGUGUGUGACGUUGCUGCACACCUGGCUCUGUGCAAGUUUCUUUCUGUAUAUAUAUUUUGUUUUGUUUUAUUUUUUUCUGUGUAUAUUUUUAAUCCCGACAGAACAUCAUGUGAGAGUUCUUUAAAAUGGAUUAAACAAUUUCUUCAGCCUGAAGAAAAGGUUUUAAAAAUGUUUUCUUGUAGUUUUGCUUGGUUCUAUAUAACAAAUAGGUUUUAAUCACUCGAAAUGGCAUUAUAUUGUGUAUUCAUUGAAUAAUUAAUUUGUUUUUUCUAAAGUAAGCUUC